AUGGAUUUCUUGACAUCACCAAAACCCUCUUCUUCAUUCUCCUAUGGAUUCACCUACGAUGUCUUCCUUAGUUUCAGAGGCCUUGACACUCGUUACACUUUCACCGGAAAUCUCUACAAAGCUCUCUGUGACAGUGGAAUCCACACCUUCAUCGAUGAUAGAGAGCUUGAGGGAGGUGAUGAAAUCAAGCCAUCACUUUCUAACGCCAUUGAAGACUCUAGAAUUGCCAUUCUUGUAUUCUCUCCCAACUAUGCUUCUUCUUCCUUUUGUUUAGACGAACUUGUCCACAUCAUUCAACACUUUACACUAAACAAUCGUUUGGUUUUGCCGGUUUUCUACGGCGUCGAUCCUUCUGUCUUGCGACAUCAAAUUGGAAGUUACGGUGAAGCAAUAGCUAAGCACCGAGACAGGUUCCAAAACAACACGGAGAAUUUGGAGAGGUUGCAGAAAUGGAAGGUGGCUCUUAACCAAGCAUCUAAUUGCUCUGGCUACAAUUUUCAUGUUGGGAAUGAAUAUGAAUACAAUUUAAUUGGGGAGAUAGUAAAAAUAGUUACCAACAAGAUUAAUCGUGUUCCUUUGCAUGUUGCAAAUUAUCCGGUUGGACUCCAGUGUCGAUUACAAAAAGUAAAUUCACUUUUUGAUAAUAGAUUUGAUGAUAAAGUUCAAAUGUUAGGGAUAUAUGGAAUUGGAGGAUUGGGGAAAACAACACUUGCCCGAGCAAUUUACAAUUUCAUCGCCGAUCAAUUUGAAGUGUUAUGUUUUCUUCAUAACGUGAGAGAAAAUUCAGCUAAACAUAACUUGGAACAUCUUCAAGAGAUGAUCCUUUCCAAAAUAAAGGGACCGAAAAUUCGGCUAGGAGAUGUCAGCGAGGGGAUUCCAAUUUUGAAGCAAAGGCUACACCGAAAGAAGGUUUUGUUGGUUCUUGAUGAUGUUGAUGAACUGAAGCAGUUGCAGGUUUUAGCUGGAGGACUUGAUUGGUUUGGUCUUGGGAGCGUAGUAAUUAUUACCACUCGAGACAAACAUUUGCUGGCAAAUCAUGGGAUUGAAAGAACAUAUGAAGUAGAUAAGUUAAACCAAGUAGAAGCUCUGGAAUUGUUGAGGUGGAUCUCAUUUAAAAAUAACACAAUUGAUUCUAGUUUUGAAGGCAUUCUAAAACGCGCAGUAACUUAUGCUUCUGGACUUCCAUUGGCUUUAGAAGUAGUUGGUUCCAAUUUGUUUGGAAAGAAUAUAGGACAAUGGAAAUCUACAUUGGAUUGGUACGAAAGGAGUCCUGACAAAAAAAUCCAAGAGAUACUUAAAGUAAGUUUUGAUGCUUUGGAGGAAUAUGAGCAAAGUGUUUUCCUUGACAUCGCUUGUUGCUUCAGAGGGUAUGAGUUGUUAGAGGUUGAAGACAUACUUAAUGCUCAUUACGGUGACUGCAUGAAGCAUAAAAUUGAAGUGUUGGUUGACAGAUCUCUUAUAAAGAUUAGUCAGGAAGGUAAACAUGAUAUUGUGACAUUACAUGACUUGAUCGAGGACAUGGGUAAAGAAAUUGUUCGUCAAGAAUCACCCAAAGAGCUUGGUAAACGCAGUAGGUUGUGGUUCCAUAAAGAUAUAGUUCAUGUUUUAGAAGAAAAUUUGGGAACAGAUAAAAUUGAAAUUAUAUAUCUGGAUUGCCCUUCUGUUGAAGUAGUGGUUGAUUGGAAGGGAAAGAGCUUCAAGAAAAUGAAAAAUCUCAAAACACUUAUUAUUAAACAAGGUCAUUUUUCUAAAUGUCCCACAAGUUUUCCAAAUAGCUUGAGAGUAUUGGAAUGGCAGAGAUAUCCUUCACGGUAUAUACCAUCUAACUUUUGUCCUAAGAAACUAGCCAUAUGUAAGUUACCCAAUAAUUGCUUUACCUCAUUGGAAUUGGCUAGCUUUUUGAACCAGAAGUUAACAAAUCUCAAAGUUUUGGACUUCAAAGAUUCUGAAUAUUUGACGCAUAUACCUGAUGUAUCGGGUUUAUCAAACUUAGAAGAAUUUUCGAUGAAUAAUUGUAAGAAUUUACGUACAAUUCACAAUUCUGUUGGGCACUUGAAUAAACUCAAGGACUUGAAUGCUAAGGGUUGCAGCAAGCUCCAGAAUUUUCCACCCUUGAAGUUGACCUCUCUUAAAAAAUUGCAACUUUCAGGUUGUGAGAGUCUUAAGAGUUUCCCAGAAAUAUUAGGAGAGAUGCAAUAUAUUACAGUCAUUGAAUUGCUUGAAACUUCCAUAGAAGAAUUUCCACUUUCAUUUCAAAAUCUCACUGGCCUUUGCCUUUUAAAAGUAGUUGGAAAGGGAAUGCAUAGGUUAUCGAGUAACAGUCUUAUGAUGACAAAUUUGUGGAGUGUUCAUAUUGAAAAUUGUCAUCUAUUAUUUCCAAAAGAAAAUGAUAAAUUCAGUUCUGAGAUGUUUCCACAAGUGGGAUCUCUAGAGCUCUUUAACUCCAACCUGUCAGAUGUAUCUCUUCCAAAAUUUCUUACUUUAUUUGCUAAUGUGACAAUAUUAGACCUAUCGGCGAAUCAUUUCACAAUUCUUCCUGAAUGCCUCAAAGAAUGUGACUUUUUACAUAAGCUUUGUUUAGAUGAUUGCAAGAAUCUUCAGGAAAUCAGAGGAAUCCCGCUGAGUUUAAAAUAUUUCUCUGCAAAAUCUUGCGUUUCUUUGACAUCAUCGUCUAGAAGCAUGCUACUGAAUCAGGAAUUGCAUGAGGCUAGAGGCACCCACUUCUAUUUUUCUGCAGGAACUGAGGGGAUUCCUGAGUGGUUUGAGCACCAGAGUAAUGGACCGUCAAUUUCUUUUUGGUCUCGUAACUACCUCCCUUCAAUUGCUCUCUUACUUGUUACUAAGUUGAAGCAUGGAGUUGACACAUCCGACUGCUUAGUAAAUAUCAAUCUGUUCAUCAAUGGCUAUGGAUAUUAUGUUGAUUCUCGCGAAGUUUGUGAAUGGCAAAAGAUUAAACCGGGUCAUGCAUAUCUAUUUGAUCUUCACCUGCAUAGCCGGGUACUCAACUUUAACAUUGAACAUAGAAAUGAGAAACUCUGGAACGUGAAAUUCAAACUAGAGGAAGCGCUUUCAAAAAAUGAGUGGAUCCAUGUAGAGGUUACAUACACCCAUCAGAUGAAGGAUGCAUUACUUAUAGAAAGUGGAAUCCACAUAUUCAAAGAGAAAAAUAGCAUGGAGAAUAUUCGAUUUAGCAAUCCCUUUAAAAAGAGUAGAUUUGUGGAUGCAAUUUAG